CUACGCUGUACGACUGGACCUGUCAUACCCGUAUUCUAACAUGUCGAUUUUUCCCUCUCUGAUUGUGGCAUUGUACAAAAGAAAUAAUUUCGUAGAUUAACCGUCUAACGAUGGCGAUGCAUUCAAAAACAUAAAACUCUUCACAGUGGCUAAGUGGCUAUCGACUAAAUGACAGUACAAAUAUAGGUUCCUGUCGUGAGCACGAGUCAUACACUUCCCGUGAACAGGCAUUUAUGUGUAUUGCACGUGUAUUUCGCGCCAGUUACCAUGGAUUUAAAGGCAAGGAUUUAAUUCUUCUAGAUGAAAUAUGAAAAUAUUCAUCGGACUUGUUACUCUACUACAGGCCGUCCGCUUUUCGGAGUCCGCCUGUACCUUCCCGACAGCCUUCCAGAACACAUGGCUUACAAACAGCCGGGGCACUUGGACCGUCAACUCUUCUACCAUCUCAAACUUCCCUGCCCAGGCUGAGCCGUCCGCAUCAGCUCUGUUCAACAUGGAUUGUGAAGAGGUUUUUUCAGGAUAUUACGUCUUAAAAUCACAGGAAACAGUGACACCCUUCUCGGGACCCGCCCAAUACAAUGUCUACACAUGUUUGUAUCUGGAGCAACAGUCCGACUACAACUACAUCUAUUCUCUUCUCACUCAGGAAUUCACAGUGGCGCUAACGCCUGCCACUGUUAUAGAAAGGAUCACCUUAGGUUCAGCAUCAUCAACUUUGUCUGGGGCGUCUGUCUGUUCGGACACAGCGUAUACAACAGCGGGGGAGAGAGUGCACGUGGCUCUGCUGAAUGGGUCAGAGAGUUUGGGGAAGGCUGAUUGUCCGAGCAUUCUGCAGGGAUACUUCACUUACCUAGGGACGACGUGUAACAGUACAUUUGUCGAUGUUUGUACCGAUACGAAACAGCUAGCGUUUAAUACUACAGCCUGUACCCAGAACAUCAUCUACUCUCAGAAUGGUAGUCUGGACUGUGUUUACCAAAAUACCAUUGGUAGUUAUACGUACGUGACGGUGUACAACGAGGACUCCAGUGUAGACGGCUCUACGUACUACGCCUUUUCUUGCCUGGUUGUGUCUGAGGCUGGGGUCUAUACUUACGCCAGUGUUAAACCGACAGAGUGUGAGGCCAACCAGGUAUCAACCACCACACCAACUGGAGGAUACGUUACAGUGUUCGAAGAAACAGCUGCCUGCACCACCAGCACAACCUCGACUGAGGAUCUGACCUAUCUUUAUGUUAUACUCGGUAUAAUUGUUUUAUUGAUAAUUAUCACGAUCAUCAUAUUAUUGAUCUGCUGCAUCAAGUGUCGAAAAAGACUAAAGGAUGUCGAAUCGGCUGACGAUGAAAGUGACAAAGGGUCAGAGGAUAGUAAGAGCGGUGACGCUAAACCGGAUGAAGAUGAUUCUAAACCGGAAGAGGGAGAGGAGCAACAGCGUACAAAAACCGACGAGGACAAACAAUCUGUAGAUUCCGGAUUUAUUCCUGGCAAAGAUGAGAGCAAACAAAAGAAAAAACGGAGAAGAAGAAGAAAAAGAAAAAGAAGAAUGCGUCCUGGAGAUGAAGGCGAGGAGGAGGAGGAUGAGGAAGAUGACGACGGGGAAGAGGAGGAGGAAACUUCAUCAGGGAAUGUAGCUCAGCCGGAUGAACAUGAAGACAAACCACAGCCAGAACAACAAGGGGAAGAAACAGUGACCGAUUCAACAUCAAAAUUAGAAGAAACAGAAACUAUCAAUCAACAACCUUUAGCCCAUAUUGAAGAGAAAACUGAGGACUCAGAGUCAGAUGAUUCUCAUUCUCAAAAUGAAGAAAACAUGGAGCCAGAGCCAGAUCAAAUUUCUAAAAAGGAUGAUACUAUGGAUACUGAUAAUGACAGUUCCUCUCUUACCAAACCCACUACUGAACCCGAAACUCAAUAUAAAUCCAAUCACAGCUUAGAACGAGAGGGAGAUGGUCACCAUUCCCAGAAUGAGGAAGGUUCGGACACGGAAGAAUCUAAACAGGUAACACAAUCUCAAAGUGAGACAAGUGUCGUACAGGAGAACAACACUUCGCCACUUAGAAAUGAUGAUGGAACAAAACAGGAGUCUCCAUUGACAAGUAGGAUGGAAGAGGGCACCAAGGAGGAAAACACGGCAGAGCAAUCUGAUGAUGACGGUAGCGGGACAGAUGGUGAAGGCGACGACAAAGGCGAUGAUGGUGUUACGUUAAAGAACGGGAAAAGGAUUGAUGGAGGAAGAGAGGGGACUGAUGAGGAUGUGGACGAAGAACAGGGGGGACCAAAAAAGACUGGAGGGAAACACAUAGUGCUCCCAGGUCUGUUAAGUAAAGUCCUUGUGACGCGGGAAAUGGAGGAAAAGAGUAGAGAAAAGGCCUCUAGAAGAAAAAUCAGGUCGCGAGUUGGUCGCCUGUUUGCUUUUAAGAAAUCCAAAAAGCAGGGCGCUUCAGACGAAAACCAGGAUGAGGAAAUGAAUGACCCAGAUGUGGAGGAUGUUGACAGACAAAGAUUCGCCCAACCAGUGGCUCCAUUUAUGGAACAAUACCAUACCAAGAAAGACAUAGAAAAGAAGCUCGAUGACGCCCACUACUGGGAUUUACCCGAGGAUGACAACAUCGUUAUGCAACUCGAUCAGAUAGAAGAAGAGUUAGAGAAAGAAGAGCAAAAAGAAAUUCAGAAAAUGGAAGUUGACGUAAAAGUGAUUGGCAUUGAAAAUGCAAAUGUGAAUGAGGGAGAGAAAACAACAGCAAAGGAGGAAGCGAACAAUGUGAAAAACGGAGAGGGAAGGAAUGGUUCUCGGAGUUCUUCACGCGCUGAAAGUCCACAGUCAAAAAAGGUCAGGAAAGCUGACAGUAGCAGUGACCUUGAAAGUGACGUGUUUGACCUUGACGAUGAUUGUCUUCCGGAAGGGCACAUUCGAAAUGAAAAUGGAAACAUUGUUAGAAUGGCGGACGGAAAGGUGUAUAAACCAGGACAAUUUCAAAGACAUCUGAAGAAAGCUACACUAAAACGAAUCUUCAAUGUGCCGAGGUUAAACAGGAACAAGAAAGGACGGCCGACUGGGGGCAUUAAAGACGACACAUUUGGACCGGAGACAUCUAUCAACGACACGGCUGAGCAAGCAGAUAAUGAGAAAAAUGAGCGAGAAGACGGUCGAAUCUCUGGUAACGCUCAACGGUCUUCCGACGAGAGAAAACGAACAAGUGAAUCCAGGAGGCGCUCAAAGACGGUUGCAUUUAGUGUUGCUAUUGAUCAACUUGAUCAAUUUGGAAAUCCCAUUGGAAAGGAAGAACAGCCACGGAUUGACUCAUCAACUGUAAAUAGACGAAAGCUAAAGAACAGACUUUUCCGGAAGAAAAAGAGGAAAACGGAGGACCUCCCACCAUUGUCUAAUGGUUAUGGCAGUAAUGGACCGUUGAUAAACGUACCUGGAGGUGAUGGUGAUAGACCACGCGAGCUAAGUAACAUGGUCAAAGUAUAUGGCCAACCUGGAACCAUAACGUCCACCGCUCCGAGGUCAACACUCCCUCCAAUUGGACUGGCUCGGUCAAAUACGUCUACAUUUGACAGGAACCAGCUGCAAAACUUCCGAGAAGGUCUUUCCAAGGACCAGCAGAUAUUGGAGAAGGCGAACACAAUAGGUAGCAAUCCAUUAUCACAACCAUUAGGUGUUCGAAGGAUAUCAGUAGAGGAACUCUCUAAUGAGGGAGGUAGCGAUGACGAUGAUGUCCGAAAUGGCAUUGUUGAAUUGGGAAACGAGGACGAAUUUUUCCUAGUUGGUGGUCCUUCCCAGAGCCAGAAUGAACCACUGUUCACUCGAGUACGGCCCCCGCCUCAUAGCGACCUAGCCCGGGCGCUUAAAUCCCGUCAUGAUCAGCGCCAUGCUAUCCCCUGGUCGAUACUGAACGCUCCCCCCGGACGGCCACACACCGACGGGAAUGAUCUGGCUAAAUCCUUGGACGCCCCGAGGUCAGCCGACACAAUACAGCGUGGGAUGGACGAAAAACGACUACGGGAGCUUCUGGAAGAGUUGUAUAAGGAUAAGAAAUACUUCGAUCAUGUCAUAGAUACCACUGCGCCAAAAGAAGAUCGUGACAUAGAUGACCGGGAUCUGGCGGAACACGGCCGGCACUUCCUGUUGGAUCGCGCAGACUUCUGGGAGGACAGAGGACCUUUACCUUCGAGACCUCCCCGCACCAGCCUCGGUAUGAGAAUGUCACGUAUGCAAACAAUGAUAAACUCAGGUCGAGUGUCAAUGACCUCUACCAACACCUGCACCCCACCUGUCACAGAACUACCCAAUCAAAUGCCAUUACGAGAGGAAAAUACGUUCUCAUGACGUCACAGCGUAUAACUUGGUGCUGGUUUUCUUCCUGUGUGGUGGUCCGUUUGAUUUUUCCCCGAUGGUAUUAUUUCACUCAUGUCACUUGAAGUUCUUAAUGAAGAUGGAUCUGCAACAAUACCUACCAUUCAGUGAGACUGUUGAAGACUCUUGAAAUAUUGUCAAGAUGUGCGCUCUCCAAGCUUCCUUAUGUCACGACAGAGAGCCUCCAAACAUCUGGAGUAACGCCAUACAUUCCACUGAUUUUUUUUUUCUUUUUUUUUUCCAAAGUUAACGCUUAAAUGCAACCAACAAGGACUGAUUAUUUGGCAUUGUUUAUGAUAAAACAUUUUCGAUUUAAAAGAAAACUACUGAACUCUUUAAUGAAAGCAAACUGUGAUAUGCUGGAUAUCUUGUUAUUGUUAAUCGUUUUGUAUAUACUCCAUAUUAAUGUAUUGUCUUCAAAUAAAACAAAACUUGUAGUCUGA